AGCUGUAUUUCGUUCAUCUUCAUUAUCAUGUAGAAGUCACACCUACACGCAGUUUCGGUUUCUCCGUUCUUCUGAAAGCCGGACUUGUUUGCGACAAAGCACGAUGAACCAAGCUCCGCUCGCCCCUCUUUCUCUGGACGCCAUCGCGGCGGCGUCCAGCCAGAUUGACUCGGACAAGGACCUGGAAAUCGUGGAAGCCGUGAUUCGCAACGACUACUUGGAGGUAAAAACCAUCCUCGCCAAGAAAUGCGAGGACCGCCUCCGCCUCCCGAACCAGGUGGAUUUCCAGGGCACGCCGUGUCUGAUGCUGACGUCCGACGCCGAUAUCAUCAAGCUCCUCCUGGAGGCCGAGGCCAACCCGAACGCCACGGACUUCCACGAGGUCACCCCGUUGCACAAGCAGGCGCUGCGCCCGGGCGCGAAGAGUUUGGACAUCGCGAAGAUGCUUCUGAAGUUCAACGCCAACAUCCACUCGGUGGACGGGAACAACGACACACCACUGAUCUUCGCGGUGGAGUCCGGGCAGUUCAAAAUGACCAGAUUUUUGCUCAACAACGGCGCCAACGUCUUCCACGAAAAUGCGCAGAAACAGACCGCAUUGCACUCCGCCGUCGGGAAGGGUAACAAAACGCUGUGCGGGUUGCUGCUUGCGACGGCGGGAAUCAGCGCUGUUUCUAGGACGAGUGCGGAAGGAGGUAAUAUACAGGAAGACAAACAUGGAAUUGGACAGGAGACCGCGGUGCCUACUGGUAACAAGCCAGAGCCCGACUCCCCGACCGGAAUGCUCGACGUUUCUUCAGACGAAGAAGAGGAUCCGCUAGAGAACGAGGGUGGACACGGCUACGUACCGGCGGCUUCCUCCGCUGAAGAAGAAGCGUCAUCUUCCCCAACGUCCACGGAAAACACAACCACGACAAGGAGUACAACGAUGAACAAAGUUCCUCCACCCAGGCUGCAAGACGCAGACUCCGCUUCCCAGUGGCGAGAAAAGCUGGGGGAGCACGCGUUUGCGAAGCAACAGUUUAGCAUCGCGAAGCAGUUGUUAGAUAGUGAGAAAUUCGAGGCACUCUGGAGCGAUUUGAAGGAGAACAGACGGAAAAUUCAGCAAGUAAAAGACGCGGUAUUGGAGUGUUGCGAAACGGGCGAUCUGAACGAAUUGAAAUCGUUGGUCUUUGGCGAAACAGGUCAAAAGUCCUCAUCUUCCUCUUCCGCAGUAGAUCCUUUGACAAUCCAGCAACUCCUCGGCACGGCAACCGACGAUGGGGACGUGCCGUUGGUGUCUGCCAUGGAGAACAGCCAAGACCACAUCGUUUUCUUCCUCUUGAACGAACUGCAAGCGGCGGUUCAGAAAACUGGUGACAAGGAAUUUCUGCGAACGGCGGUGAAUGCAGUGGAAGUCUCAACCGCAGAGUCCUGUUUGAUGAAAGCAGCGAGAUAUGGAAACGCGGAGGUCCUGAAGAAACUUCUGCUUCUCGGGGCGGAUGCCAGUGCAAAAAACGAGAUGAAUCAAACGGCUCUGAUGUUGGCGCAAACAUGGGGACCGUUUGAGGAAAUUGAGAAGAUGCUAGAGGAGAGGACGCCGCUGUAAAAUACAUGCUCGUGUUGGAUAUACAAAAUAUACAGCGAACUGUGGACAAGCAAAGGCACACACAGACAAGAAAUAUGCUGCUAUCGCAGUCGAUUGUUUGAAAAUCUUUUCUGGCGCCCCCGCCCUGGCAGUUUUUUUACUGCUCGUGGUUGACCGUCUUACUUUUACAAAGCAAU